CUGACUUAAUGAAUACUGAAUUUAACUGAAUAUUUAUUUUAUUUGUGCAACUGCAAGGCACGCAAAUUAUUGUGGUUGAUUGAGAACCGAAUGUGCGAUGCCAAUAAAUAUUGAAUUACACCGGGUGGAUAAGAAGAUUUAAUGGAUUUCUAAUGAACGUUACUGCUUUCAGUGUUCAUGUUAAAUGAGCUCGUAAUAGCGCUCCAAAUUCACUCAUAAGUCUACAGAAUUUCGAAUAGAAAAUGCAACAAUGUUCUAAUUUGUUUCCCAAUAAAGAGGCAUUUAUUAUUUUCGCCCUUUAUAUAAUUCUCUUCGUGUUCCAAGGUGUGUUCGUAACAGCAUCAAAGACAGAAAAUGGUGGAUAUGACUACAACACAACACUUGUGGUUUUCCUAUCGGAACUCCUCAAAUUAUGUGCAUCAGCAUUUCUGUACACCUAUAGAAGAGACAAUAAACCGCAUAUAUUCCGAGCCAUCGCCAUAAACUACAAACUACUGCUCCUGUACUUCAUACCGUCAUUGUUGUAUUGUUUCUAUAACAAUUUGGCGUUCAUUAAUUUGUCACAUUACGACCCCACGUCGUACUACAUACUGCUGCAGUUCCGGGUAGUGUUAACUGCGCUAUUAUUUCAGUUCCUUUUCAAGAGAAAGCUAGCUUUCAUGCAAUGGAUCUCACUAGGCAUAUUAACCGUGGGAUGUAUGAUCAAGAACUUCGAUGCAGCUUCAAUACAAUCCAAAGGCGACUCGGAUCUCUGGUCACAGCUAUUCAACAUUUAUUUCGUAUCUAUUAAUUUCCAGAAUUUCUGCUCAUGUCUGGCUGGUACAUAUAACGAAUAUUUGUUAAAAACUAAAGGCUCGAAUGUCGACAUGUUCCUACAAAAUGUUUUUAUGUAUUUGGAUUCGGUUAUUUGCAAUUUCUUCAUUCUAAUGUUCAAAGGCGAAUUAGGCACGAUAUUCGAUGACUUUGGUUCACUUGCUGAUACUUUUGUAGUACUUAUCACAGUAAAUAGUGCUGUGGUAGGUAUAGUUACUAGUUUCUUCUUGAAAAAUUUAAACUCUAUUUUAAAAACAUACGCGAGCGCUUUGGAAUUGGUUAUAACGGCUGUAGUUUGCUAUAUACUAUUUAAUAUUGUGAUAACUGCUUUCACAGUGAUAUCAAUAUGUCUAGUCAGUAUUGCUGUCGCUAUGUAUUUUAAAAAUCCAGUUAGUAAUGUCAACAUGAAUUUAGCUGAUGGCAAAGAUAAGGAACCCCUUAUAGAAGUUACAACAAAUAACUGAAUCGAUAGAUUGUAGGUAGUUGAUUCUAAUGACAUUCUGUAUUAUAGUUUCUUAUGAAUUUUCAUGAUUAUAAUAAAUAAUAAAAAUAUACGUGUAUGCGUAUGCUGUAGUUUAAGGAACAAAAAUCUGGUGACGAUAAGCUGAAAUUGCCAAAUAUAGAUGCGACUCGGAACAACACAGAAACCCUUUUGGGUAUCAGCAAUAGGUAUAUUGUAGGGCAUUGGGCGUCAUGUGCUUUUCUGUGCUCGGAAGUUAGUGAUGAACUGCCAUUAAGUUUGGUGAGAACUGUACAUCAUACCCCAUUGUGUGCUCGAUGUUGCUAUGUAACUUUUGUGAGUAUAUCAUUGCUGAUUAUAGGUAUUCAUUAUAACAGCAAUAUUAACAUCACAUAUAUAGUUUAGAUGCCAUAUUACAAUGUGGAUCAUUAUUUGGUCAUUAAAAGUAUUAAGUUAGUAUUAGUACCUACUAAGGCUACUAAGAUUUAUGGCUGUAAGCCAGAUUCUAUGCAUAAAAACCAAACAUUACCAAAUAGACAAUAUUAAUUCUUUGAUUUAUUGUAAUAAUAUCUUUCAAAAUA